UAAUUAGAGCAGUUUUAUAUGGAGCUUGUUUUUAGGUCUUCGGAUGAUUUAAUUCCUCUUCGAAGCAAACCAGCUACUAUCAGCGAACUCCGUUUUCAGCAAGAAACAUGGCAGACUUUGGUAACCCUUUGAGAAAGUUCAAGCUAGUGUUUCUGGGCGAGCAAAGUGUAGGAAAAACAUCGAUAAUUACACGUUUCAUGUACGACACGUUCGACAACACUUACCAAGCAACGAUUGGUAUAGAUUUUUUGUCCAAAACUAUGUACCUGGAAGACAGAACUGUUCGCUUGCAACUUUGGGAUACAGCUGGUCAAGAAAGGUUUCGCUCUCUUAUCCCUUCAUACAUCAGAGAUUCAUCAGUGGCAAUAGUAGUAUAUGAUAUCACAAAUGAUGCUUCGUUCAAACAAGUACCCAAAUGGAUCGAAGAUGUCCGGGCAGAAAGAGGAACUGAUGUAAUAAUUAUGCUAGUUGGUAACAAAACAGACUUAGCUGACAAGCGAGAAGUUUCAACCGAAGAAGGAGAAAAGAAGGCAAAUGAAAUGGGAGUGAUGUUUAUUGAGACCAGUGCGAAAGCAGGCUACAACGUCAAGCAGUUGUUCCGCCGAGUGGCCGCCGCUCUUCCUGGAAUGGAAACACAAACUACUAAAGACAUGCACGAGGAUCUGGUGGAAGUUCACAUUCAAGCCAAACAAGAUUCCGAUGUAAAUCAAUCUGAAGGUUGUGGAUGUUAAUCAAAUUGUACAAAUAAAUUAAGCGCUGUAAGUAAUGAUUGUCUUGGAAAUCACCUGUGUCAAGUUGUUUUUAUUUGUAAAGGGCUAAUGGAUGCGCAACAUCACGAAUGUUUAUUACCCUUUUGUGAAAUGAAUUUAUUAUUCCAUGGUACAUAAUGUUUAAAUAAUUUUCUUUAAAUCAAAUAUAUAAAUUAAAACGUU